AAGAAAGAAAAAAAAACACCUGCAUGAGAAAUCAAACCUCAUUAAUUUACAACAGGUUAAUGGUGAAAUGAAAAUGACAGAGAACCCAAAAAUAGCAAAUGUGAUUAUGUGAUUAAGAUGUAGAAAAGGUAAAAUGAGCACUAAACAGAAUAUAUGAAAAAUUAUGUGCAAUCACAUACUCUAAAUUGAAAGAAUUAAACACUAAUCACAAUAAACUCUGAGUUAUUUUCUUAUUUGAUGGUCAAACAGUCAACAAGUUUAGGUAGAGAGAACUAUAAGAAGUACAAAAAUAAACAUUUCUUUCUAAUAAUAAAGUUUUAAAAGUGAAAUAUUAAAUUAAUAUCUUAAAACACUCCUUGAUAAAAUCCCGCUCACUUCCACAGACAGACAAGCGUCCCUGCAUCUGCAUAAAAGGGAAUUCACUAUACAUUUACUUUCUCUCCAUCUGCCCCCAAAGCUCCCAAAAGAACUUUUCUUAUUUGAAGAAUUUGAUCUGGAGCCUAAUCACUAGUUGAAGCUGAUCUUCUGCCAAGACGAAUCAAAAGGUGUUGUUGGAUCGUCUCAGCAGAGUUUCUCAAGCCAUGGGGAAUGAGAAAGCCGUUUCUGGAAACACCAUACCUCUCCAUCCUCGCCCUAUAACUCGUGCCCUUGCGCGUGCUUCUUCUAAUCUUGCAACAUCUUCAGAAGUGGCUGCUACUAGUACUACACUGAUCAACAACCAGGGAAGGGUUCUGAGAGCAAACAGUAAAAGAACAGCCUCGGAUGAUAAGAAUGCCAAUGCACCUAAGAGGCGAGCUGUUCUUAAUGAUAUCACAAACGUUGCCUGCGAGAAUAAAAUUCAGAUAAAGAAGGGAAGGGCAAGUUCCUCCAGGGUUACAAACGCAGAGGUACAAGUUGUGUGUACAGGCACAAACGAAGCAUCUUCUUGUAGCUUUAUCGAAAAGCCGAGUUCCAAGUUGCCUCCAAGACCCCCUGGGAGAUCAACUUCCACAGUUGAAAGAAGCUGUGUUGGAGGAAGUUCCAUUGUGGCAAGUAGCUCAAAAUUCAUUGACAUUGAUUCAGAUGUUAAGGAUCAUCUACUAUGUAGCCUAUAUGCACCUGAAAUACACUACAACAUGCGUGUUGCUGAGCUUAAACGGCGGCCAUCUCCUGAUUUUAUGGAGAGAACACAAAGAGAUGUGACUAAGACAAUGCGCGGAAUCCUUGUUGAUUGGCUUGUUGAGGUCUCAGAGGAAUACACACUUGUACCUGACACUCUUUACCUCACAGUGUAUCUCAUAGAUUGGUUUCUUCAUGGGAACUACAUUGAAAGACAAAGACUUCAAUUGCUCGGCAUCACUUGUAUGCUCAUUGCCUCGAAGUAUGAGGAAAUCUAUGCGCCACGCAUUGAAGAGUUCUGUUUCAUCACGGACAACACUUACACAAGAGAUCAGGUCCUGGAAAUGGAGAGCCAAGUACUGAAGCAUUUUAGUUUUCAGAUUUACACUCCCACUUCGAAAACAUUCCUCAGGAGAUUUCUCCGAGCAGCUCAAGCUUCUCAUGUGAUGCCAAGUGUGGAAAUGGAGUUUCUGGCGAAUUAUCUAACGGAAUUGACGUUAGUAGAGUGUGAAUUCUUGAAGUUUCUGCCUUCGGUUAUAGCUGCUUCGGCUGUUUUUCUUGCCAAGUGGACUAUGAACCAAUCAAGCCACCCUUGGAAUGCAACACUGGAGCAUUACACAACGUAUAAAGCCUCCGAUCUUAAAGCAUGUGUUCAGGCCUUGCAAGAACUGCAGCUUAACACCAAAGGAUGUCCACUAAACUCUAUACGUAUGAAGUACAAACAAGACAAGUUCAAAUCCGUGGCGGUGUUCACUUCUCCGGAGCUACCUGAUAGGCUAUUUUGAAGAAAAAAAGAGACUAAACCAAGCGGUUUAAUCAUCUCCUAACCGAUAUAACACACGUGUAACAUUGUCCUAUGUUCCGGUUUUCGGCCUUUCAAUUCGUUUUCACCUGUUACUCUCUCUCUGCUAAAUAAAACAGUAGUGAUAUAGAUAAAAAAUCUUUCUACGGUCU